AUGGCCCAAUCGUCAGCAGCAGCGACACAACUCCGCAAGGAGUUCAAGCAGAUGCAGAAGGACACGGACAUCCCCGGGAUAUCAUGCGGUCUGGUGAACGACAACAACAUCUUUGAGUGGGAAGUGAUGUUGAUGAUUCCCGAUGAGGUCAAAUACUAUGGCGGAGGCAACUUCCGCGCUCACCUCGUCUUUCCAUCCAACUACCCGCACAUGCCGCCCAAGUUCACCUUCCAGACUCCGAUCCCGUUCCACCCCAACAUCUACCCCUCAGGCGAACUCUGCAUCAGUAUCCUGCACCCGCCCGAGGAGGACAAGUACGGGUAUGAAGACGCGUCAGAGCGGUGGUCUCCCGCCCGCUCUCCGGAGAAAGUGCUGCUGAGCAUCAUCAGCUUGUUCAGCGACCCGAACCCGGACAGCCCGGCCAAUGUCGAGGCUGCAAGGCUGCUGAGGGAGGAGAAGGAAGGGAAAAACAAGGAGUUUAGGAAGAGGUGUAGGGCUUGUGUGAGGGAGAGUUUGGGGGAGGAGUAG